ACGGUUCUUUUAUUUAUCGAUCAAGUUUGUUGAAAUCGGGGCUGCCGAGUUAUGAGAAGGUCACUUUCGGAGCGAUCAUUGAAUUUUUAUAGUGUGUUUAUUGAUUGAUCAUUCUGUUUAAGUAGUAGUUACACGGGGUUUUAUGGCUGUAUGAAAAUCAGUUAUCUUUGUAUUAUCUUUGUAUUAUCUUUGUCAGCCGCCCAGACGGGAUAAAAUCAUUGGAUCAUAAAUAAAAGAUGUUUAUGAGCUCCGUUAUCACGAGCUGAUUAAUACCUUACAUGGGUCAAAGCCAGCUGAAAACAUUGAGGACUGAUCCAGUCCCAAGUACAUGUUCUUUUCCUUCUCUGGGUUAGCAAAAUGGCAGUUUGGUAUAUGCAGGAGAUAUAAACGUUGCAAAUUCUUUAAUUAACCUUGAGGAGUUGAUUUGAUCUAGCUUUUUGUUUGACAGUGGAGGGAGUUGUUGCCCUCCCUGUGUCUUCAGCUCCACUGACGCUGCAUUUCCCUAAGGAUUCCCAAGAAUAAAGAGGAGUGGGCUGAUGUGUAACUGGUGUCCAGUUAGUGUUAUAUUCUUAUAUUUUGAUUUUACAUAAGGACUGGUUUUGUCACCUGCCGAGAUACUGCCCUGGCUGUGUCCUCAGCUAACCCAGAAUCACUGGAAUUGUUGACAGAAGGAAAUAGUGAAUGCUAUCGAUCUGACUUCCAGGAUUACACCCCUGCCUGGCACCAGUGAAGGAGUUUGGCCACUGCUGGGAUAUAAAGGCUGAACGAAGUGACUCUGUAACCUGAGUGCUGAUCCAGAUGUUGCUGUGCAAUACCAAGGACGUGCUGUGAUGCCCUCCUUUGCCAACGUACCAGGUUGUAGCUCUUGAGGCCUUGAUCCAAGGGAGUAGGAAAUUGAGCUGUUGCUGAAUGUUCUUUAUAAUGUAGCUGCAUCUGAAGACAUCCCCGGUGGCUUUGUGUCGUGCUGAUAACAACAUGGGCCAUUGUGUCGUGGGACGGGGAGCCAUGAUUCCAAGGAAGCUGAAGCCCUUUCUCUGCAGGAUGCUGUCGGGUUACAAACCCAAGAACGACGUCAAGGGCUCCUACAAAAUUCUGGAGCUCGAGGAAGGAUGUUCCCCCGACGACGUCAGAAGCUCCUAUCACAACCUUGCCAAGAAAUACCACCCUGACAGCAGCUCCGGCACGGCCGAUUCCAAGGCCUUCAUCAAGGUGGAGGAGGCCUACAGGCUUGUGCUCAGCGACCUGACAGCCAAGCAGAAAUCAGAGGCCGGCGAGGAGAAGGAGGAGGAGGAAGAGCAAUUCAAAUCCAAAUCCCUGCAGCACAGGCACUACCUGAGCUUCGAGGGCGUGGGCAUCGGCACGCCGAGCCAGCGGGAGAAGCAGUACAUGCAGUUCCGCGUGGACCGCGCCUCCGAGCAGGUGCUGCAGUACCGGCAGCAGAGGCUGGAGGGCCGCUACGCCGGCAGCGACCUCAGCACGGCCAAGGACGUGCGGCAGAGCAAGAAGGUGAAGAUAACUCAGGCGGUGGAACGGCUGGUGGAGGACCUCAUCCAGGAAUCCAUGGCCAAAGGGGACUUCGACAACCUCAGCGGCAAAGGGAAGCCUUUGCAGAAGUUCUCGCACAGCCCCCACAUCGACCCCAUGACCCACAACCUGAACAGGAUCCUCAUCGACAACGGGUACCAGCCCGAGUGGAUCCUGCUGCAGAAGGAGAUCCGGGAGACCAUCGAGAGGCUGAGGAAGAGCGUGGUGGCCGCCAGGAGGAAGCUCGGGGAGCCCAUGACGCUGCCGGAGCAGAAGCAGUGGGGCCGCGUUUGUGAGCAGUUCGCAGAGGACAUCAGGAAAUUAAACAAGAGAGUUGACGACUUCAACCUGGUGGUGCCCAUCCUGAGCAGGCAGAUGGUGCAUUUCAGCAUGGACAAGGAAAUCCUCCGGGCACGAAAGACUUACGAGGCUGUCCUGGAAAAGGUUUCUGAUUCAGACACCAAGGAGAGCGAGGGGGAAAAGGGCAAAAGGUUUGGGUGGAAGUCUUCUCUGUUGAAGUGGUUAAAACUUACACCGAAAUAAUUUCGUGCUAAUUGCUCUUGUCAAGGUUUUGAAUGCACUUUAUUGAUGAAAUAUAGCACUAGAGAAAUGUCAGGUCCACUGAAAAUGUGAAAUGCACGCUGUCACCUUACUUGAAGGAAAUUUGGUUGUGUGAUGAGCAUUUGCAUUGCAAAUAAUUGAGUUAUUUUUCAAUGUUAUUAAAGGAAAUGUGCCAGUUUGGCUUGUGGUAGAGUUAAUUUUUCUCAUCGUUAGUCUGGGGCUGUGUGUUGGAUUUGGGCUGGGGGCAGUGCUGACCAUUCCAGGGUGUUUUUAUUGCUGGGCAGGGCUUGCACAGCCCCUUUUGUGCCCUUCACACCUCCCCUCCCCUCCCCUGAGCAGCUGCUGGCUGCCUUAAACCACAGCAGCAACAAAUCGGUUCUUCUCUUGCAGGUCAUUUAUUUUCCUUCUGCUGAAAUCCAAAUUAAUGCUUCACUUCAGCACAGACCACAAUCACUUUGACAGUCUCUUAUCACUUCAAAGGAGAAACAGAGGCAUUAGAAAAACACAUUAAAGUGGAGGCAAAUGUCUUGCUGUGCCCUGUUUGUCCUUUGCACUCUUAUUUCAGUACUUACAGCUCAUUAAUUUUUGGCUGCCUAUUUUUUAAACAUACAUUCAACUCUUUAAGGUUAAAUUCAGUGAAGGUAGGGUUCUUGGCUUGGACUGUACACGUGCACAAAUCCAUUUUUGCAUCUUUAACACAGAAAGAGGUCUUGGAAAUUUAUUUAUUGGUGAACACCCCCUGCCAUGGGCAGGGACACCUUCCAGCUCUGUGUAUGAAUGUUCACUUACAUCAUUUAUUCUUGUUUACAGUGCAAACUGUUAAUGAAAGGUACUUUUCUGAAGGUCCUUAUAAUAUACUGGAAAACCCCACAUUUUGAUUCUCAUUAUGGUCUGCAGGAAUUGGAUCAGAAUUGCUGGUCAGACAGACCCAGUGGGAGACUUCAAGAGCAAAUUGAAUUCAUGGCACAAGGGUAAAUAGAAACCAGGUUGCAGGAAAUGGGACCCACUCUGGCUCACAAAGAAGCAUCAGCACUUUCAAUACCAGAGAAUUAAAUAAAGAGUGAAUCAGCA